UAAUCUUGAUUGUGGACUUGGGAGAUCAAGUAUUCAGCUCCUUUCUACACAUCCCUCUGACACUCCCACUUGACAUUUGUUGUUGUGCAAUUAAAUUCGGAUCUGGUGUCAUCUCUGAUGACAUUUCGACUGGAUUAAAUUAGCAAAAGGCAAAAGAGACUGGCUCGAGAAUGGAGUCCCGUCUCAAAAGACUGUCCAUGCAUUUAGAGGCCAACGACGAGAGCGAGUGGAUUAAGAGCGGCUGCUACAGCUCGUCACUCUUUCGGUACAAAGAAGAAAAACUCGACAUCGUUCAUUCCAAUCUGCGAGAUGACCAGACCGAGUACAUGAAAACCUUCCUCCUCAGACGGCUGACCAAAAACGCAAUCUACAUCGGCACCGGGAAUUUUUCCGUAAUGGAAUUCAGUUUGAACACCAACACAUUGACCCCAGCAACCUGCUUCUACGUAUCAUUCCAUUGCUCAGACGAGGAGUCGCCAGACUCGAAUUCUACUACGCCUCGAAGCCAGGCCAUUUUUUGUCUGGUCGCCCCACCUGAGGCCCAACUUGAAAUCUACCGCGCCGAGCUGCAAACCUUCUGCAGACGCCAAGUCGAUUUCAUCAAAGAGACGUCAUUUAAAGACAGACUGAAGCUGUGGCCGUUUCACUCACUUGGAUUUUUUGGCCGAGUUGUGAGCAAUCUGGGAUUAAAAAUCUCGUACCUUCUUGAAGCAGUUCUUCGGCAAUACAAAAUUAAUGUGAGUCAAGACUUGGACUCGCAGCUGCAGGCGGACAUUCAGUCUUUCAUCGCCGCCGCUAGUCUUGCCGAAUUGCUCUCAAUAGUGACGGCCCCGGAAGACAGAACCACCGUCACCUUUGGCCCUGAACUCUUGUCCAAUCUGAAUCCAGAAACUGACAAGCUCGAAGCGGUCAACAUGAAUGGAUCUGUCGAUCUGGACGUGAGUUCUUUUUGCCUAAACUGGGGAAAGCUCUUCGACCAUGUCUCGAGUUCUCCUACGACGAUUAAAAAGACGGUUGAGUCGUUCAAACUGAAAAUCAUCCAGGAUAUGAACGACUUGCGACGAGCCCUGAAGCAGGCUGAGACAGACUACUAUAGUCUCUACUUCGUUUAUCUUUUCCUGAAAAACACCGGGUACAAAUCGACCUUACUCGAGUACGCCAAACACGAGAGUGACUCCCCAAAGGACGUCAUCAGUAUUCUGCAGAGGUUCAACGGGUAUGAAAACAACAUGAAAAAUCUCAAAGAGCGGCCAUGAGUUAAAUUAAUUCCAAAUAAUUUGAUUAACUGCCUUUUUGUAUAACAUAAAAGGCAUUUUAAGGGUACUUAAGCAAAAUUGUGGCAAACUUAACUGCUAGUUUAUUUAUAUGUGAUAUAUUAUAUUAUUUCUGCGGGCCAUUUUUUGCACGAGACUUGGAAAGUGUUGUCAACAUUCCAUUUAAUCCUUUAGUCAUUCCUGUUUUUAAUUUUUAAAUCAGAACACGUUUUUGUAUUUUUCAAAAAUAUGGCUCAUUUUAUUCACUCGCAAAAUUCAAAAGUUCAGUCAAAAAAUAUUCAUUUCUUUGUGCAAACAAAAUAUUUACAGAAAGACUCUAGAGAUCAAUUUGAUGCCAACAGAGAUCCGUUCAAUAAUCUUCGUCUCAAAUUGUUAAUAAAUAUACAUAUCAAAAUACGAAAAUACACAAUUUCUACAUUCCAAAGUCUCUUCUAUACGCCGGGCCUGUCGUGGCAAAGCUCUGGAAAGUCUGCUGGAAUUGUUGCUGCAGAGGAAACAUGUCGAUCGCUGCUUCAAAAUCUAUAGAAUCAAAAUUGAAAUUUUAGAAAUAAAUGAUGGGUUUAAAACAUUUACCAGUUGGUUCCUCCUCCUCCAGCAGUCUCUUCACUGCCUCAAAGGGUAAAGGGUCGAGCAUUACUGGAUCGAAUGUUGAGUCAAUUUUGGUCUCUGGCAAGUUGUAAUCUGAAAUUAUUAAAAAAAUAUAUAUAUGAUUAAAUAGAAUUACGAAUAUUUUAAAAAACAAAUCUAAAUUUGAAUAGAAUGGAAUAACUAGAUAAAAAAUAUACA